AUGAGCUCGGAGAACAACGGAGGAGAUGAGGAAGAUGGCUUGUUUCUUGAACGUGUUCUGGACAAGCUUUACGACUUUGGAUCGGCACCCAAAAAGAAGCAGAAGAAGAAAAAACGCAAAAGAUGUGAGGAAGUGGAGGAGGAGGAAGAAGAGGAGCUCCCAGUAGUGAAGGACAGCCUGGAACCCCAAAGCCAGCAGGCACCAUUAUCAACCCAGCAAACGGGUAGCGAUCGACAUCCUGGUCCAGCCGAGCAUCUGGUGAACCGGGUGGAAAUAGUCACGUUUCAGGACCCCAGAAAGAAACCAAAGAGAACCAAACAGACUCCGGGCCCCGUCACCGUGCCUGCCCCGCAGAUAACCGACCAGAAGCAGGACCACCAGAAAACGGAGCUCAGUUUGGAAAAGGCCCGUCUGGAGGUGCAUCGCUUUGGGAUCACGGGCUAUAAGAAGGAGGAGCAGCGCGUCUUUGAGCAGGACAGAGCCGUGAUGCUGGGCGCCAGACCACCGAAGAAGGAAUACGUCAACUACAAGCAGCUCCAGCAGCGAAUCAGAGAAAAGAAGCAGAAAGCGAAGGAGGACGUUCAGCCAGACAAAAAGAAGAAGAAGAAGAAGCAAAGUAAUCAAAGAGACAAGAAGUCAGCCUCCGGGUCUGCGGUGGCGCCCUCGGGCCAGGUUGGGCGUUUCAAGAACGGCUUGCUGGUCCUCAGCCCCAAGGAGAUCCAGAAAAUCAAAGCCCGCAGGUGA